GAAAUUACUUGAAUCAGUAUUGCUAUGAGAUCCCCUCUCCAGUACUGCAUGUUCCCUUGCCGCUCCAGUUGGUUUACUCCCAGAGACAUGAUUAGUACCACCAGAGCUUGAAUCAAUCAUUCCAUCCCCAACUCCUACAUCAGAUUACUACCUCCCCCAGGACAUGUCCAGUUCAAUUACCAUCUAUAUUCAAAGCACCCGUAAAAUCUUGGAGUGGUAUCAAAGUAGGAUCAUCGUUAAUCACUUAUGGAUGCCUACAAACAAUAUGCUAACUAUAUAUAAGACACCAAGGGUUACAAGUAUAGCUACUUUUUUUAGAUGUUAUUCUCAAGUGCAUUGAGUGAAAGCUGUAAUUCACUCCUCCUGGGUCCAUUGAUUUUUAAUGAUUUUUCAAUUUCCCCAAAAGAAUAGAUGGAGAUUCAUGCUAAUAAAGAAUAGCUAAGGAAAAGAAAGGAUUGAGGCAAAAGCUCCACAUCCCGUGUAAAGAAGUCAGAAAAUCUUGAUGAGUUUUUAGAAUGGAAGCUUCUGACUUGAGAUUUCUUUAGUCAGGGAGGAGCUUAGAGCCCACGGAAAUUCUAAAAAGAAUCCUAUUUCUCAGCUAAAGACCCCACUCCAUCAAAUCACUUAUAUUAGGUUAAGCCCUGAGUAUGCCAAACUUCUCCUUUACUACGGUAAGUAUGCUAUUAAAAGCUUCUAGGAUGAAGCAGACGCCACCUCACUAUCGACCCAUUCUCCUACGUCAAUGUAGCUCUUCACCCUUUUCUCCCUCUUGUUAGUCUUCCAUUCUGUCUUAGAUUUUAGUACCCGUGCUUGAAAUAUGCACAACAUGAAGUUCCGGCCGCAGUGUUCAAGCAACAAAAGGCCGCCCCAACAAAGCUGUGCCAGAUCAAUUCAAUUACUGCUUCAAAUAACCACAGGUACAAAGAGCGAAGUGCCUGUUACAGAUGAUCGACACUCCUCAUAUACAAUGUCUGGUUCAGCAGAGUAAGCAAGACUAUUGCAUAAGCCUUAUCUACCUCAGAUUUCUCGUCCUACAUGAGUCCAGCGGCACACCGGGCUUCAGUUACAGUAGGUUGUGAAAGAAAGCACUUUUCUCGAUUUCGUGCACGAAGAAAGAUCCGGAAUUCAAUUCACCUUUUGCAUUAGUCUUUCUCGAUGGGAUGAAGACAAGGAACUGACAGAUGCCAUGACUUAAUAGGGUAUCCAACCCAAUAGUCAAGGCGGGAGGGGAUUGAUGCAUCGAAUGCCCUCUUAGAAAGUGAAGUGGAAGAAUCUUUAGUUAGAAAGAAUCGGUUAUCGCAAUAUCAGCUGUCGCAUAAUCAGCAGCUACGGCAGUUGGGGAGUUUCAAGAAGACCAAUGAGCACCCAUUGAUCGAGUUGGGGAGUUAACCUCCGCCUUCCGAUUGAUCAAGUAAAAAAAAAAUCCAGUUGAUUACGAGACCUUCUGAUAUAGGAUAGUUUCCAGUAGAGCGGGAAGGCUUAGUGAAAAGGAAAGCAAAAGUACUUUCAAGAGCCGAAAUUUCUCGAUAGUGUUGUGAGCCCCUUAAAUAGAAUUUAGUCCUUCAACCGAAAGAGAAAGCUCCGCCCUUACUUAAACUUAAAAUCAAUGAUUCACUUCGUUUCGUGCGCCUAUUUCCUUAUUUUUCACCCAUGGCUACUUCACUUCGCUAGCCAAGCCUUGAAAGAUCCGUUACAGGCAUUUUUAUUGAACAAGCGAUUGAAGACCGAUGGCCCUUAAGGGAAGCAGCAGGUGUCGACCGCUCUAGGCAGUCUCGCAAGCUUACAGUGUCUCAUACCUUACCGCUUGAUGCCACUGCUUUGCUCACUUUAUUCCCUGCCGAAGAUCUUCGUGAGGUAGGUUCUCUAUGGUUCGGCGACCAAACCUAAAUUGUGGAGGAUGGUUACGAUUCCCCAGUAGAACCUACUGAUCAAAGAGCGAUAGGUUGAAGAUGGUUGAUUAACACAUUAAUUCUACCGGCUCAAAAGAUCUGAAAGCUGCUACCGACUCUUUGCCGGUGGACGCGGAUCAAUGCUCGCUGUUUGGCGAUCGGUUGGCUCAGUCGUGGUGUUAUUAAAUGAAAAAACCUUCCUUUCGUUUUCCAGAACCUUGCGAGUCACCAACGUCAGUCCAUCGGGUCAACCUCUAGGCUAUUAUUCUUCCUGGCCGGUCUUUGAGAAAGUUGUAAACUUAAGGAGUCUACCCUAUCCAAUAACUCCAAAGGCUUCUAGUUAGUAAGACAGGUGUCAGUACCAAAUCCUUAAUCAGUAGUGGACUGCUAGUUAACGCACUACUAAAGCUGAGUAGCCAGCAUGCGCACAUCAUGAUUUGCCAGAGGAGCUCAGCGAAUGGAAGAAGCAGGCAGGGAUAGAUAGAAUUUGGUAGGGAAAAGUGCUUCCUGGCUAGCGACUCGACUGUAACUCCUCUCCAUCCACUCCUUUCUUUAUCUACGACCAUAUGUUUAGCGCCUUAACGCAUCCUGGCACUUCUACCGUCUUUCUC